UCGAAGAGAUUUCAUUUGAAAAAGUUUAUCUAGUAUAUUAAAAAGAUUCAAUCAAUAAAAAUGAAUGUUUUAUUAUUAUCAGUACUUUUACUGAGCACCCUUAACUUAGUCAUGACGGUACCAUAUGGAUUUGUGGGUGUAAGAGGCAAAAAAUCACAGACAGAUAGUCUUGAACCAAGUAUCUACAACGAAGAUUUCCAAAAAUCUUAUAAUAUAGAUGAUGAUAAAUUAAUAAACUAUUUGCUUAAACAAGACGCCAGGCAAAAUUACCCGGUCCUACAGCCAUGGGAAGAUCUUUAUUAUUAUGAAAAAAGGGUACCACAGGGUUUUACCGCUGUGAGAGGAAAAAGAAACACCAUCAAGCAAAAUCGCUGA